AUGGAGCCUAGCGGUGCAGGCGGCGCAUCCGAUGACUCGGCGGCCUCUUUUAUUGGCGCUCUCAUUUCGUUGACCUCGCGCUCGAACAUGCGAUACCAAGGUAUCCUGCUCAACAUCGAUGCCGCACAAGCGACGCUGACGCUGGAGAAAGUGCGCUCGUGGGGCACCGAAGGGCGCUGUGCCGCAGCUGGAAAUCCCAAGGACGAGCUGCCUGGGUCGGAUGACUUGUUUGACAACAUCGUAUUCCGGGCAGCGGACGUUGUCGAUCUUCGCGUCGACGAUCCAUCACCGCCUGGAGCUGAGCCAACACCGGGCGUUCCCGUCCCGCAUACGCAUGGAAUGCACCCGAUGCAUGCACCGCCGCCGAUGGGGUUUCACCCCGCAUACGCCAAUUUUCAACCGCAAAGCAUGUAUGGAAUGCCGCCCGACCCCUACGGGAUGGAUUUCAUGCAGGGAAACUACAUGGGAAUGGGCAUGCAACACAGCCAUGUGCCGUUUGGCGCCCCUCCUCCUCACAUGCAUGGUGCACUGCCUCCACCACAAACGUCUCCCGCACCCUCAGCGGAGCAAGCCAGGCAAACGCCACCGAAACAAGCCAAUGCGCAGCCUCCAAAGUUGGAGAGAGCACCUGUACCCGAACAGCCCCCAGCAGCAAAGCCACAGCAAAGCGGAGCAGCAACCUCGGUCAAGCCAUCUUCGGUCGAACCAGGCAUCGACACUGUUCACGCUGCGAUGGCAUCCAUGGGCAUGACCGACAAGCCUCCCAAAAAGAGCACAGAGCCGCGCACGAGCAACGCACGUGUCCAAAAAGAAGCGCAAGCACCGCUUGCUACAUCCGCCGUGCAGCAUUCUCAGGUGCAGCAGCGCGAAAGACGCGCCGUACCUGGUAUGCCUCCCGGUAAAACUGCCUCCCACCGCGACACGUUGCCAGAGGAGUUUGACUUUGCGAGCGCAAAUGCACGGUUCAAAAAGCAAGUGGUUCCCCAUGACGCCGCCAAAAAUGCCGAGCACGGCAGACUGGACGCCAUUUCUUUUGUUGAACCCCCCACUGAAUUCUACGACAAAAAAUCGGGCUUCUUUGACAAUAUCAGCAGCGAAGUCAAAGAGCGCCACGAGAAUGUUACUGGCCGCGGUAGCCAAGACACUUACAAGACCCGUAUUGCCGAGGAGAAUGCACGCAGCGCAGAAACAUUUGGCGAGAGCGCGGUUGACUACCGCGCUGGCCAAGAAGGUUAUCGCGGUCGCGGUCGCGGUCGCGGACGUGGACGUGGCCGCGGACGUGGACGUGAACGUAGCCGCCCAGCCCAGCCUGAAUGGGCCUAG